GGCAGCGGCGGCGGCGGCGGCGGCGGCCCCGGAGUGCGGAGCUGGUGCCCGGCGUGGAGAUCCGCGAGCGCAGCCAUGCCCCAGGCCGCCUCCGGGGCAGCAGCAGCGGCGGCGGCCGGGGCCGGGGCGCGGGCCGGAGACGCCGGGGGGCCGGCGACAACCCGGGAGGGACGAUGAAGCGGCAGAAUGUGCGCACGUUGGCGCUCAUCGUGUGCACCUUCACCUACCUGCUGGUGGGCGCCGCGGUGUUCGACGCGCUGGAGUCGGAGCCGGAGAUGAUCGAGCGGCAGCGGCUGGAGCUGCGGCAGCUGGAGCUGCGGGCGCGCUACAACCUCAGCGAGGGCGGCUACGAGGAGCUGGAGCGCGUCGUGCUGCGCCUCAAGCCGCACAAGGCCGGCGUGCAGUGGCGCUUCGCCGGUUCCUUUUACUUCGCCAUCACCGUCAUCACCACCAUCGGCUAUGGCCACGCAGCGCCCAGCACAGAUGGUGGCAAGGUGUUCUGCAUGUUCUACGCGCUGCUGGGGAUCCCGCUCACACUUGUCAUGUUCCAGAGCCUAGGUGAGCGCAUCAAUACCUUGGUGAGGUACCUGCUGCAUCGUGCCAAGAGGGGGCUGGGCAUGCGGCACGCCGAGGUGUCCAUGGCCAACAUGGUGCUCAUCGGCUUCGUGUCGUGCAUCAGCACCCUGUGCAUUGGCGCUGCUGCCUUCUCCUACUACGAGCGCUGGACCUUCUUCCAGGCCUAUUACUACUGCUUCAUCACGCUCACCACCAUCGGCUUCGGCGACUACGUGGCGCUGCAGAAGGACCAGGCGCUGCAGACGCAGCCACAGUAUGUGGCCUUCAGCUUCGUGUACAUCCUCACGGGCCUCACGGUCAUCGGCGCCUUCCUCAACCUUGUGGUGCUGCGAUUCAUGACCAUGAACGCCGAGGACGAGAAGCGUGAUGCGGAGCACCGUGCCCUGCUCACGCACAACGGCCAGGCUGGUGGCCUGGGUGGCCUGAGCUGCCUGAGCGGUAGCCUGAACGACAGCGUGCGUCCCCGCGACCCAGUCAUGUGCCCAGCAGCCGCGGGCAGCAUGGGCGUGGGUGGCAGCGGCUUCCGCAAUGUCUACGCUGAGGUGCUGCACUUCCAGUCCAUGUGCUCAUGCCUGUGGUACAAGAGCCGGGAGAAGCUGCAGUACUCCAUCCCUAUGAUCAUCCCGCGGGACCUCUCCACGUCCGACACAUGCGUGGAGCACAGCCACUCGUCGCCAGGAGGCGGUGGCCGCUACAGCGACACGCCCUCACACCCUUGCCUGUGCAGCGGGACGCAGCGCUCGGCCAUCAGCUCGGUGUCCACGGGCCUGCACAGCCUGGCUACCUUCCGUGGCCUCAUGAAGCGCAGGAGCUCGGUGUGAACCACAGCCAGGCCUAGAGUACCUGUGAGCCAGCGGGGUGGGGGUCCUGCCUGCAGAAGCCGCAGGAGUUGACCGGGAGGCCUCCCCAAAAAGACGCCUUUGGGCCCCGUGGGAAGUCCCCAGUCCACCAUUACCACCUCUAUUCUUCCCCAGCCCCUAAUCUCCAACUGUGCGGGCUUGUACCAGCCAACAGGAGGUCGGGCUCUGAGGACCCCUGGAGCCCCUUUCCGAGCCCAACGAAUUCCGAGAAAUGUGAAACUUGGGAGGUGGGGAAGGCAGCCACUGGGAAUCUUUCAGGAAUCUGAGAAGCUCCCCAGUCCUCAGAGGCUCUGCUGGAACCCAGAACCCUUACCUCCCAAGGGGACUUCUGUUCUCGGUUGUUUUUUGUUUUCUGGUUUUCUCCUUCUUCUUCUUCUUCUUCUUCUUCUUCUUCUUCUUCUUCUUCUUCUUCUUCUUCUUCUUCUUCUUCUUCUUCUUCUUCUUCUUCUUCUUCUUCUUCUUCUUCUUCUUCUUCUUCUUCUUCUUCUUCUUCUUCUUCUUCUUCUUCUUCUUCUUCUUCUUUUCAAUCUCUACUUAUACCUCCCCUGAGCUCUCCAAAGCCCACAGUGUCUUUGUCCAGGUCACCCCCACUCAGUCCCACCUUGCUCUCUCAUCCCCAGCCAUGUCUCCCAGCCUUCCACUACCUUCUGUGUCUUUUUUUUUUUGCAUGGCUAUGCAGUUAUGGAAGAAAAAAAAAAGGAAAUCCCAGCAGUCUCUAAAGCUAGUCCCCAGGGAGCAGGACAGGAAAAAGGGAAAUGGUGGGCCACAGGAGUUAGAGCCGAGUAAGUGCAGAAACUGUGGCUUCCAAUUCUACAAGGUGGCCACAUCCAUAGGUGAGCUAUCUGGAGUCUGAUGCUGUGCUCAGGGCUCCUGGGAGACUCCAGCCUUCAGGACUGCCCUUGGAAUGGGAAACACAGACUCCCGCUUGCUGUCUGUCCCUGGCUGCUGUUGCUGCUGCUCACCUCCUCUUCCAUUUAUAGUGAUUUUUAGCACCGGAAACCUGUCCACCUACUCAUUCACGUGAGUGUACUAACACUCCGGUUAGGUCACCUGGGCAAUUCUUAUGGCCAUUUUUUCAGAAGAGGAAAACAGGUAAAAAAUUACUUGCCCGGGGUGAUGCAAGUCUUGAAGGGGAACGAGAACCUGCAGACUUGUUCCCAGCCCAAGUGCUCUUCUUUCUGGCCCAGCCUGCUCUCAGAAGCAAAGCCCCUGCAGGCAACACCCUGGCCUUGUGUAGGCAGCUGGGGCUUAAACUAGAAAUCUAAAACCCUAGUCAGAGCCCCCCUGCCAUGGCUCUGCCUCUGCUACUCUUAGCCCAGAGACUGCGGCUCUAAAUGGACUCUUGUCUCUGUUCGCAAGCAGGGAAGUCUUUGGGACCCAGGUAAGCAGGACUGAGUCUCAUGGACUAAAAGCCAGGAGUUGACACUCUGAGAGUUCAGGGAUUGGGCAGAGCAGCCCAGACAGCUGGCAGGUAUAACCUGGGACAUUAUCCCUGGACCAGAAGCCAGGGUGGGUACCUGCAUCCUAAGUUGCGAGAGUAAGGCUUCCACUAUAGCCAGGAACACCCCUCUGGGGGAGAGAAGGCAUAGGACCUGGUAUACCUUCUACCUCCUCCAUCUGUGACCCAGGUGGAGGGUGGCAGACUGUUGGCUUGCUAGUGGGGACAAGCUGGAAGAGGGACAGUGCCCAGGACAACAGAAGGGUAUGUGUGGGGCUGUGGGUAUGGCUCAGAGGUAAAGCACUUUCUUAGUGUGCUUGAGGCCCUGAGUCUGAUCCC